UGCGAUAAAAGCGAAAAAAUAGUUUUUUAACCCAUUUCGCCUGCCACACAAUUGCGACUGUCUACUUUAAUCCCAUUUAGUAUUUUGAUUUGGGCAAGGCCAAAUUUCUACCAAAUAUGGAAAUUUUACAAUUUCGCUUUGAUUUCUGCCAUGGGGAAUAUAAAUUUUUUCGUCGGCCUUUUAUGUUUCAAUACUGGUAAAUUAUGCGAGAAAACGUUUGACGCCCCAAAGCGUUGUAAUCACAUUCAGUUACCUGCUGAAAAUAAUGGAAAUAUCAUUAAACAAAGGAUAUCUUUGUUUUCAUUAAUGUGUUCUAGAAAUGAAUUUCCGUUAUGUAUGCUAUUAUGGGUUGUCCUAGAGAAAACAUUCAAUAAUACUAGAAUAGAAACACCCGACACAGUGUAGCUACAACUAUACACAUCCCAAUAAACUAAGACCCAUUCAAAACAAAAAAAAGGACAAUGUCCGAACACAAGCACAUUUUGAAGAAGGAUGCCACCUUCCAUGCGAACAGUGGAUCGCAACCAGAUCUAUUGGAUCGUACCUACGGAUUUCUGAAGGCGGCCCGAAUAAACACUCCCAUCCCGAAGUCCCGUGUAUCCAUGGAUACGCGUAAGCUUGUGCAGAAGUUGCAGACCAUUACCAAGCGGGAUCAGGAAAAGGACGAGGUCGAGGACGAGGACGAGUUUGAUAAUUUUACUUCUCUUAUGUCCUCGGAGGAUUCGGAAUGCGCCGGAAUGUCGGAGUUUGAACUCAAACGGAAACAAUUCGAUACAGCCGAAUUUACCAUAACUCGAGGCAUCAAGCUAAGUCAAAUAUUUUGUCCCAAGGAUUCUGGCCUACAUCUGCCGCUGGCUUCGAAGGAAGCUGCGGGUUUAAACUCUUUCGAUGACAUGAAGACCUACUGUCGCCAAAUGAACAUCCAUUUGGCCAGAUAAAUCGCUGUGCAGGGAUUGCCGAAUCUUAAUAUAUUAUACUUUGCUUACGAAUAAAUCCUACUCUUAUAUACAUUGCUUAGUUACCUUCACUUUUGCCUGACUAUGUCCUUGUCGCCAUGCA